UCACACGCAUUUCUCAUUAUAUUGUUAACAUCUGUGUAAUACCAAACGUAAAUUAUUGGCUCGAAAUCAACACACCGUGUUAAAUACCCCAUGCUCCGCUGUGGAAAUUAUUGAAUACAUGUUUAUGAGCCAGAGCGACACGGUGCUUUACUAUUUACAAUAUAACAUAGUAUUUAUGUAACUUUAAAAUGGUGGACGUAUGUGAAAUCAGUGUUAAAAUGGAGAAAAAUGAAUGUGAAAAGUUUAUAGUGGAGGUUGAUAAUGGGAUAAACAUGCGAAAUAAAGGAGAAAUAGAUAAAAAUACAGAGAAGGUCAAUUACAGACAUCGAUUUAUGCACACUGCAUGUUUGUGUUUUAGUAUGUUUUCCUUGGGCUGGAGAAAUGGUUUGGUCGGGCCCACAUUUCCAGAUUUACGACUGAUUACGAAUGAAGAUUUAUCUACAGCAUCGUGGAUAUUUACAGCAAUUUCAUUCGGGGGACUUUUAGGAUCUGUUUGUGGAGGAUUUGCCUAUGACCGUUUCAACAGGAUCGCUGUCUUCAUGUGUAUUGUCAUCGGACUGGGAAUCGUCGCUGGUGUCGCCCCCUGGUGUACACAUUUCGCCCUGAUGUUCAUAGUUCACAUUUUGCAUGGUGGCUUUGCUAGUGCCCUUGAUACAGCUGUUACUGCCGAUAUGACUUUAGUGUGGAGGUAUCAAGCUGGACCAUACAUGCAAGCUGUCCAUGGUAUAUUCAGUGUAGGUGCAAUCGUAUCGCCAUUUGUUGCCGAACCUUACCUCGCAAAGAAAAUCGAUCCUUUUCCAUUUCAAAGUAGCACACAAAUGUUAAAUGGAACAGUCUCACGUGUAAUGACUUCAACGCCAAGUUUUAAAUCAAAUCCGUCGGGAUCGAAGGUUAAUGCUUCGGUAUUCACCUACGAGACAACGUCAAUGCAGUUUGAUUAUUCAAUAUUGAACUCGACCGUGGAUACUUUAAAUCUCUUAAUGUCGUCUGAAAACUUAACUGAUCAAUCUGUCCCCUCUGUUUAUGGGGAAACUUUCAUUUAUAUUCCAUAUUCAUUAGCUACAUUAAUAUGUUUAAUAGCUGCUUCAUUAUAUCUUAUCGUUUAUUUUAUUUACGGAAAUGUUUAUAACUUGCCAGUAAAUUCUUAUGGUGAUCUCAAAAAGAUUCCUCAAAGAGAGCACUUUUUGUCAAAGAAGAUGAAAACGAUAUUCACUGUACUUCUAGCGUUAACCUUGACCUUUUACGUGAUGGGGGAACGAAGUUUUAUUGGUUUUCUAAUGACCUUUAUAAUAACAGAACUAGAUUGGAGUAAGUCAAGGGGAUCCAGUGCAUCGUCUAUAUUUUGGAUCGCUUUUGCAGUCGGACGUCUGUCUGGUAUAAUUAUUGUGAAAUACAUCAAUAUAUCCGCUGUAAUUAUGACAUUUUUCCUCAUGAUUACAACCGGUGCUGCGUUAUUUUGGAUAGCUGUGAUAUAUAAAAUAAAUUUAUUAGUGUGGAUGUCAAUAGCAAUAGUCGGAUACGGUAUGUCUGUUAUAUUUGCCUCAAUAUUUCUAUGGAUAUCAGAAAAUGUUAGAAAACUGACUGGCAAAAUGGUUAGCGUUAUUUUCAUCUUUUUCUCGUCUGGUGCAAUGGUGUUUCCAAUACUAAUAGGUCAUCUAAUGGAUAAAGUUUCUCAAAUGUGGUUUAUUUAUUCGCAACUUGUUUUAUUUUGUGCCAUGUGUACCUUGUUUAUUUUUGUGUUAGGAUUUUUUAACGUUUUAAAGAGACGUAACGCGAGACUAUCUUUAGAUGUGCAAUAACAAUGUAACUUGAAAAAAUAAAAGGGAAGACCCGUUGCUUAUGUUGAGGGAACUUGUGAGUCAACCCUUUGCCAAAUAUGUUAUUGUGUUAAUUCA